UGUUGAGAGGGGAAUCCUGAGUUUGGCGGUUGGGAGUUAUUGCUGUGGUGAGAUCGGGGUAUCUCGUGAACAGCCAGAAUUUGGUAGCUGCAAAAUGAGACUGGAUCCUGACGCCCUCUGGCUUGGACACCGGGGCUAUGAAGCGGCAGAGAGCACGGUGAGGGUGGCGGAGUGACCGCACGCCGUGGGGGUAUGCCCCAGAGAGAGGAAAGGAGAGAGUCCAGAGAUGGAGGGCCACACCGCUCCGGGACAAGAAGACAACUCCAUGAGAAACAAGGCAAGAACCGGGGAAACUAUCACGUCAGCCCGAGUGUUCGCAACAAAAUACCGGUAGCAAAAAAGCAAAAAAAGAGGGGAAGAUGGAGGAAAAGGAGGGGUCGGGCAGCGUGUAGGCUAGCUAAGAGAGCAGCGCGCGCCGCGCGAAAGAGACAGCAGGGUCAACUUCUUAGGGUAGCAACCUGGCAUGUGCGGGCUUUGGCUGUAAACAGGGCCAAUGGAUACGGGCCAGCCUACAGCGUUCUACACGAGGCAGCGAGACAAGACGCAUCGGUGGUAGGAAUGCAGGAGACACGGAGGGCAGGUCGAACGGAAUUUGCAGCAGCGGGUUUUCGGGUGUUUUGCUGUGGCACGGAGACUGAUGGAGUCCAUGGUGUGGGGAUAGCCGUCAAAGAGUCAUUGUGCAAGACAUCCACGUUCACUACGGAGUUUAUCGACGAACGCCUUAUGACCAUGGGGUUUCUGUUGGCAGGCCACCGUGGUCAACUUCGUAGCCGCGUAUGCUCCAACCGAACCUUCAACCGCCGACAGAAAGCGCGUGUUCUGGGGAAAACUUGACAGACUCGUGCGGAGGAUCCCUUCCAAAGAAUGUAUGUAGUAUAUCCUAAUGGACGCCAACGCGCGGACGGGAGAUAGGUUGGACGGAGGGGACGGAAGGGUAAUAGGAAUGUACGGGCGUGCUGAGCUCAACGACAAUGGCAUGCUACUGUUGAACUUCGCAACGAAAAACAGGCUAGCUCUCACGAACACGUUCUUCGAGACACGCAAGGGCGGAAUAUGGCACAUAUAGACCACAACGGUGUGUCGGGAACCGAUUACAAGUGCCUUGACUACAUCCUGACAAGGCAGGCACAUCACGGCCGAGUAUCUAAUGUGGUUGUCAUCCCCCAGCCGGUUCGCCCAGUCAUAGCAGACUCAGGCUACAAUAUGGUAGUAGCCACCGUCAACCUCGGUGGCAGGCUUGCCCACAACCGUGCAGUCCGGACUAAACCGAAGCAGAAGCAAUUCAACCAACGGGAAUUGCAAUUCGAAGCAGCACGGUGUGCGGUGACAAAUCGGUUCCUCCUCAAUCUCGACACACGACUGGCCGAGCGAACAACCACCGCCGCGGAAUUGGCGACCGACUUUUCGAAUGCUCUCCUCGACGCAGCGCGGACGAACGGCAGGAACCGCGGAUACGCAGCACGCAGGAGUGGUGUGAGACCCCAGAGACGAGAGCAGCGCUGGAGCAGGUCCUUACCCACGGCGGGAAGCGCGCCGGGCGAUGAGGGGCAACUGGAACUCAGCAACGUGGAGGGUUCUCAAAGCAGCAUGCAAGGGAGUGGCUACAGCAGUCGACACGGGCAUUUAUGCCCACCUGGACGGAUAUGUGACUGAACUCGAAGCAAUCUACAAAGAUCGCGACAUCCGAGGACUGUACCAACACCUCAAGAGAUCAGUGGGCCUCAGCGGGAGACAAGCGUGGGGACAGCAAUUCGUCGCGGAUGAGAACGGCGUGUUGCUCCGGAACAGGGACGACAUCCUCCAGCGGUGGGCGAGGUUCUUCAGCACCCUACUCAAUCAACACCAAACUCCCACCCUGAACCCAGACAUCAUCGAACGAGUGACGCAUCGGCCAGCGACAUGUGACACUCAACGGUUGGGAGAGGUGCCAGACCUCGAGGAGGUGGCACGGGCAACGAAAGGCCCCAAGAACUGGAAGGCACCCGGCCAUGACUUCCUCCCUGCCGAGUUGCUCAAGAUCGAUGACGACAAACCCUUCGUCCUGGGACACCUCCAUACCAUCCUCGUCAAAGUCUGGAACGGAGGAGAUAUCCCGCGAGAGUAGAAGGAUGCAACCAUCAAGGUGCUGUACAAGAAGGGUGACCGGUCCAACUGUUACAACUUCAGGGGGAUUUCGCUACUAGCUCACGUAGGCAAGGUCCACACCAAGAUCAUCACCAACCGUCUAAGCGCCUUCUGCGAAGCCAAC